AUGCCCCCGGCUACCCGGGCUUCCCGGAAGAAGGCCUCCGAAACAGAGAAAGACAAACCAGGCCAACCAUAUCCCCAGACCACAUCGGUCAGAAAGGCAGCCAAAACCAAUGGCUCGAAGAAGUCGGCUGCUGCCGAUAAACCCAGCCAGAAGAAAGACGACAGCCCUCCCGCCAAACGAGACGUUUCUGCGGAGGAUGGCCCUGGUGAGACUUCAUACUGGCUAAUGAAGUCAGAACCAGAAUCGCGGUUCGAGAACGGGCAAGACAUCAAGUUCUCCAUUGAUGAUUUGGCUGCCAGGACUGCCCCUGAGGGCUGGGAUGGCAUCCGUAAUUAUGCCGCUAGAAACAAUCUUCGUGCCAUGAAGAAGGGAGACAAGGCCUUCUUUUACCACUCCAACUGCAAACCCCCCGGCAUCGUCGGAAUCAUGUCCAUUAUCCAGGAACACUCGCCGGACUGGGACGCCUUGAACCAAAAGUCGGCUUACUACGACGGGACGGCCCCGGAGGACGGCAGCAAGUGGAGCCUCGUGCACGUCAAGAUCGAGCACAAAUUCCCCCAGAUGCUGCCGCUCCACUUGCUGCGUGACCUCCAAAAGGGCCCGCUGCAGGACAUGCAGCUGCUCCGCCAAUCCCGGCUCAGCGUCAGCAAGGUCACCGAAGCCGAGUGGGAGGCCAUUGUAGAGACGGCCAGGAACAUGGUGGAUGAGAAGGACUGGGUUCGGAGUAUUGAGGAGACGAAGAAGUCUCCCAAUUAUAACGUCUAA